AGUAACAAUUUUAAGAAAAAAAUGUUUUUUUUUUAAUUGUAUGAAAAGAAUUUUAUUCGCUGCAAAUUAAACUCUCUUCAAAAUCUCUGAAUUUUUGGGAAUCUUAAUAUAUUUAAAUUUGUGAUAUUCACUGCAAUCAGGAGCUUUUCGCAAGGAUUAACAACGUCCCGGAAAAAAAUGCCAAAAAAAUUUUACGGAAUAUCUCUGGUUGUGACCUCACGUGAGGAAGAGAAGCAAAAUGAAGGAAAAGAUGUCAAUAACAAGGAACAUCCAGGUGCAUUGAAUGAAUUAGAAGAAUCAAGAGGAUCAGAAGGGCCAGGAGGAUCAGAAAAACCAAAAGAGACUGAAGAAUCGGGAGAGGAGGUGGAAGAGAGAGCCCAAUGGAGCAAUAGUACGGAAUUUCUCAUGUCCUGCAUAGCAAUGUCCGUUGGAUUGGGAAAUAUCUGGAGAUUCCCUUAUAUAGCUUAUCAAAAUGGUGGUGGAGCUUUCAUUAUCCCAUACAUCAUUGUCCUAAUUAUCGUUGGGAAACCCAUGUACUUUCUGGAGAUGAUUUUGGGACAAUUUAGCAGCAAAAGCUCCCUCAAAGUGUGGUGCUUGUCGCCAUUUUUCAAAGGAAUUGGCAUUGGACAAUUGAUUGGUUUGAGCUGUGUCAUCACAUACUACUGCUCAAUGAUCGGACUGGUACUCCACUAUCUCAUCUCAUCCUUCCAAGCGGAACUUCCUUGGUCACAUUGUCGCAAAGAAUGGGGAAAUAAUUGUGUAGAUUCUAAACCUAAUUCCGCUCAAAGCAACAUCACAGACGGGGUGAGUAGCUCGGAAUAUUACUUCAAGAAAGAAGUCCUGAAUAUUAAGGAUGAUAUAAGUGAUGGAAUUGGAGCGCCUAAUUUAGAACUAAGCCUUUGGCUUCUUUUGACGUGGAUUUUAAUUGUUGUAAUAAUUUCGAAAGGCGUUCAAAGUUCUGGGAAAGUUUCCUAUUUUCUCGCUAUUUUUCCCUACAUCGUGAUCAUUACCCUACUCAUCAGAGCUGCGACACUUGAGGGUGCCCGAGAUGGAAUUAUCUUCUUCAUUCGCCCACAAUUCUCCGAAUUAAUUAAGCCAAAGGUGUGGAAAGAGGCUGUUUCACAGUGCUUCUUCUCACUCUCCAACGGAACGGGUACACUCAUAAUGUUCUCAUCGUACAACCAUUUCCGCCACAAUAUCUACAGAGAUGCAAUGAUCGUGACAACAUUGGACACAUUUACGAGCCUCCUCGGCGGCAUUACAACAUUUGCCAUUCUCGGCAGUUUGGCCCACAAUCUCAAUGUUGAUAUCACAGAAGUUGUGAAUGUUGGCUCAGGAUUGGCAUUCAUUUCCUACCCAGAUGCAAUCUCAAAAUUCGACUGGGUACCUCAAUUCUUUGCUGUGCUCUUCUUCUUUAUGCUCCUCACAUUGGGCAUGGGAUCCAUUGUGGGCCUUGUGAGUACCGUCGUGACUGCUGUGAAUGAUCAAUUCCCCAAUCUGCGUUAUUGGCAGAUAGUACUGAUUGUCUCCAUUUGCUACUUCUUCAUUGGACUAAUCUACGUGACCCCUGGGGGUCAGUGGAUGACGGAUCUUGUGGAUCACUUUGGGGGGACUUUUCUCAUUUUUGCACUUGCCGUCUUUGAGAUGAUAGCCAUUUGCUGGGUAUACGGAACGAGAAACAUUGUAAUGGACACACAAUUCAUGUGCAAGAGAUACGUCAGUGGGUACUGGCGGUACUGCUGGUGCCUCUUAACACCCCUUUUCAUGGCAAUCGUCUUUGUGUACUACAUGAUCACGCAGAAACCUCUCAAAUUCGGUAAAAAGGACUACCCGGACAAAUAUCUCACAGGCGGAUGGUGUCUCUUUUGCAUAGGGCUUGUGCAGAUACCAAUAUGGGCCUUCUACACCAUUGGUUGUCGCAUGCGAAAUGUGAAAGAAAGCUUUCGACCCACACACAAAUGGGGCCCAAAGAAUCCAAAAUUCUACCGCGAGUGGAAGGAAUUUAAAGCAGAUUUAAAGGAGCGCAAUGAAGGCAUCAGUACUGAGAAUAACUACCCUAAAUGGAGAAAAGCUCUCCGCAAAUUCUUUGGUAACUACUCCUACUAAUAUGUACGGCUGGAGGAAAGAGAUAAAACAAAUUAGAAGAAAUGAAAGGAAAUUCGGAAAAACAUCAGGAAAAUAGAAGAAAAAUAAAUUAUUUUAUUUUUUAAAUUGAUUUGAAUAUGUUUAACUAAUAAAAAAAAUAAUUUUUGGUAAAAAUUGAAUUUAAGAAAAUAAAAAACAAAUCAGUAAGACAAUAUUUGUCUUAUUAAUUGAA